CGAGUAUCCAUAAAUCGUCUCCAUCUCAUCCCUAAAGUAGACAAUAUAUACACCCAUAGACAUGUCUGGUUUCCUCAACUCCAUCGGUCGUCUCCGAGCCCCCAAGCGGUCGCCUACCAACACCCCCACCCAGCAAGGCUUCUUCGACCCUCUCCCCUCGCCUGGUGUCGAGACCACCCAACAGAACGCUCAGCAGCCCCCCUCACCUGGCCCCAAGCCAUUGUACCUGUGUCAGCCGUUCGUCAAGGCUGCGUUGGUGAAGGGAAGCUUCAAGACUAUCGUCGCACCACCCAAAUACGUCGACGUGAAUGAAUGGGUCGCUAUCAACUUGUUUGACUUUUACCACAACUUGAACCAGUUCUAUGGUGUUCUCACCGAAUUCUGCACUAUUCACAAUUGUCCCACAAUGUCGGGUGGUCGAACUCUCAACUUUCUCUGGCCGGACCAGAAUCAGCGACUGGUGUCCUUACCAGCCCCCACCUACAUUGACUUUGUCAUGAGCUGGCUGCAGAAGCUUUUGGACGAUGAGAACGUCUUCCCUACUAAAUCAUCCAAACCCUUCGACCACUCCUUCGCCUACACCGCUAAACACAUCUACAAGCACCUCUUCCGCAUCUUUGCCCACCUCUACCACGCUCACUUUGAGCAGAUCCUUCACCUUUCCAUUGAGGCACAUUUCAACUCGCUUUUCGCCCACUUUUUGGCAUUCGGAAAGGAGUUUGAUCUGUUGGUGAUGAAGGAUCUGAUGACUACCCAAGGAAUGGGACAGGGUGUGGCAGAGCUGAGCGAGAAAUGGAGGCAGAUGGGAAUCCUGGAGACAUAAUCAGAGACAAAGAGGAGAGUGAUGACCGAUGGAUAGGGGUGACUAGCCGGGCUGGAUACCGUAUUGGAAAAAGAUACAGCUGUUGUAGACUCUUGUGACAUAUAUGCAUGCUCGGGACGAAUCCUUACGUUUUGUGUGCUUCUGCACUGGUGGACGCUGCGUAGUG